CAUUCCAAAUUCCAACACAACAAAUAGUAAACCGGAAGUUGAAAUAUACCGGAUGUAGAUCUUUCUUUCUCCCUGAACAGUGGAUGCAAGAUAACAGCCAUGGCGACAGCAGACCUCUCCUGGUUGAUCAUCCGCAACAACUCCUCCUUCUUGUUGAAGAGGAGUAGACUGAACAUGAGCUUGGAACCCAACAACCUGAAGAGCAAGAACUCCUUCCGUUACAACGGGUUCAUCCACAGAAAAACUGUUGGUGUUGAGCCAGCCAAGGAUGGAAAGGGCGUUGUUGUUGUCACCCGCAAAAGCAAAGGUCUGCGCCGACCAGCCAAGAACGUGACCCGCGUUGAGCUCAAGAGAGACCCCAGAAGGACCGUGGCCACCAUCCGCAAAAGCCUGAAGGCCAACAACUACCGUAAAGACUUGAUCAACCCUGCCGUGAGGAGGGCAUGCGCCAUCCUCAAGAGCCAGAAGCCCGUGGUGAUCAAGAGGGCACGCGGUGCCAAGAAGGAAUAAAAAGUUUAGCUGUGUCAAUAAAUCUUGGUUAAGACGUAAAGUCAAA